GUGGGUAAAUGGUGACUGAUCUACAAAUAAUAAUCAGUAAUUAAUUAUGAUCCAAGAUCGAACAAGCCUAUUAUCUCUAGAAAGGGCGGUCUGGUAAACUCAUGGAUCGGUAGGGCGACAAAGAACGGCGCGACACUCAUUUUCUGUGGAUUCGGCGCCAUCUUCUGGACACCAAAAUCAUUAGUGGGUCUGCAAUCAUCUAGUCUGGUCUGAUGCUGUUUCCGGUUUGUGCCUGCACGCCGAUUUUGUGAUCUACGGUGGAGCUACGUUUGUGUUUUCCAAAUAAACCCGGCGGAUUUGAACGAGUCUUUUGUUGUCACCAUGUCGACUGCCCUCGAGAGCUACAUCAACCGUACAGUGGCCAUCGUUACAUCUGACGGACGGAUGAUAGUGGGCACCCUGAAGGGCUUUGACCAGACCAUCAACCUGAUUCUGGAUGAGAGUCAUGAGCGUGUGUUCAGUUCCUCUCAGGGCGUGGAGCAGGUGGUCCUGGGACUAUACAUCGUCAGAGGAGACAACGUAGCUGUGAUUGGGGAGAUUGACGAGGACACAGAUUCUUCGCUGGACCUGGGGAACAUCCGCGCUGAACCCCUUAACUCUAUAGUCCACUGACCUCUCACCCUGACCCCCCAACUCGGAUGUGCUGACCCCUAUACCUGAGUGAUUGUGUGUGAGAGAGAGUGUGAAAGAGAAAGCUAGAAAUAGAGUAGUGUUUCAAUUUUCACCACCUACUCAGCAAUAGCUGAUGUCCCUGUCUGAAGAGCACAGUUUAUCUCCCCCGUGAAGGACCCAGGGGACUAAUAAUAGGAUGUUGAUGGAUGUGGUGAUAUUUUUUAAUAAAGUGUUUCGUUUAA